AACCGGAAGUAAGUGUAACAAUAGACAACAGAGCAUCCUGCCUUGAAGUGGUAGUCAUACAACAACAAAAACCCCACAGUUUGGUUAAGAUUCUCCCCUUAAAUUGUGUUAUAUUAAGUAAUACUUUUAAUUACUAGAGAACAUUGUGAUUGAUAAGAAAAUGGGCCGGAGCAGGAGUCGGACUCCUCCAAGAAGAGGCGGCCAAGUUCUACCUGAGGUCGAAAAGUUAAAGAGUAAAGAGAGAAGGCGUUCCCGCUCAACUUCCCGGGAUCGUGAGCGUAGGCGAAGGGAAAGGGAGCGAUCCCGUUCUCGAGAUCGGGAUCGUGAGCGCAGGAGAAGUCGCUCAAGAUCUCCUCACAGGAGACGCUCCAGGUCUCCCCCCAGACGCCAUCGCUCCACCUCCUCCGAGCGGCGUGAUGAUGAUCGCAAAGAGUCGAAGGAAAAGACGGCAAAGCCCAUUCAGAUCUCAGAGGAAGACAUGGAGGGCAAAACCGAAGAGGAGAUUGAGAUGAUGAAGCUGAUGGGAUUUGGUUCCUUUGACUCCACCAAGGGGAAGAAAACUGACGGAUCAGUCAAUGCAUUCGCUGUCAAUACUUCCAUGAAGAGAAAAUACAGGCAGUACAUGAACAGAAAAGGUGGAUUCAACAGACCACUGGACUUCAUCGCCUGAAAGUGUCGUCAACUCGUGAAACUCACCUCCGUGCUCCUUUAGUGGAUGAUGUGUUAUUUCUUCUUAUUUCCAACCUGUUUUGUGUUAUGCAACAUUUCUGUAUAUACCUUUUUAAAUCUCCUAUCAACACUUGGCUGUGACUAAUUAUUGAUAGCAGACACCACAUGUGGAGCUUUGUGUUGUUCAGGUGUGUGGGCAGUUUUAUUUGAAAUAAAAGCAGUUUAAGGA